AUGGUGAAGUCAACCCUUGCUUGUGGACUACAAGAAUGUUUGAGUAAAGAAUGGAUGGGAGAUAACUUCAGGGACUUUAGAGUUGUGGUUGAUGGCUCAGAGUAUUUCUGUCACAAAUUUAUUUUAAGUGCUUGCUCCACUUUCUUUAAGACUUUGCUGGGAUCGGAUUUUAAAGAAAAUAAAGACGAACGUGUUGAGUUAAAGAACAUGAGCAAAGAGAUUUUUGAUGUUAUAAUCAAUGCAAUUUACAAAGGUGUUGAUGGUCUGACACUAGACAAUAUCAUUAGUGUGUGGCAAGCUACUCACAUGUUGCAUAUACCAUUUCUUAUAGAAGAAUGUGAAAGAUUUGUUGUGGAAAAUAUGUCAUUAGAUAAUUACAUUGUAUAUUAUCCAAUGGCAAAACUUUUAAAUUCAGAGAAUGUCAUUACGUUUACAAUUGGAUUUAUGAAAGAAAAUUUUGAACCUUUUUGUGUGACUGAGACAUUUCUAGAAUUUUCUUUUCCAAUGUUGUUUUCCUUUGUGGAUGAUGAUCGCCUUAAAGUAAAAUCUGAAGAUUUAGUUUUAGAAUCGAUCAUCAGCUGGGUUUCUUAUGUACAAUGUAAACCACAUCAAGUGGAAUACAGUGACACUGAAACAAACAACACACAAGCAACAGCUAUAGAAAAAACUGAUGAAAUACAGAACUAUAAGAGCCAGGAGAAGUUGAUUAAUUGA